GUAUUUUUUUAUGAUUCCCAGAGUUUCGAAGUUCAUCCAGACCCCAUGGUUAGUGUGACCCACAUGGUCCGUGCUGGAGGAGGGGUGUGGAUGGCGUUUUCAGAGGGAUCAUCCCUACGUCUGUUUCACACAGAAACAUUGGAACACCUCCAAGAGAUCAACAUCUCAACACCCUCUGCAUAUCUGAGCACUGGUCAAAAAUCUGUGUGUGUAACCAGCCUGCUUAUCUGCCAAGGACUGCUAUGGGUGGGCACAGCUCAGGGCAUUAUUGUCACCCUGCCAGUGCCCAGACUGGAGGGCAUUCCCAAAAUAACAGGCAAAGGGAUGACGUCACUUAACGCUCACAACGGCCCUGUUGAAUUCUUGGUUGCCACCGCCAGCAUUUUAUCCCAAGAUUUUCUGAAGCGGGAUUCUACCACGGAGGGUGUGGAUUCAAGUGGUGGAAGUGAAGAUAAGAAGGUGACAAAUUCCUCUCUGGAGUCCCUCCAGCAGGCGGAUGGCUCUCCUCAGGCCAAAGCUAAAGGAGUGCUACUGCAGUACCACCUCCGUUCUACCUCUCAGCUCCCAGGAAAGCUCCUGACGGCCCGGCCCGAAGAAUCAUCCGACUCGACCCAGGACUCUCUGGAGCACACCCUAGAGGACGGUUCCAUCUAUGAGCUAAGUGAUGAUCCCGAGGUUUGGGUCAGAGGGCCUGGGCCAUCAUCAAAGGAAGCGUCACGUAGGGAGAAAGUGACUUCAGCUGCCAUUAUAUCCGGUGGAAAAGGGUUCCGUCGACUCGCUAAAUCCUCCAACUCCCCUGACUCCAGUGAGAACACGCUCAUGGUCUGGCAGCUGCCCAUUACAGUUUGAGGCAGUGAUGAAUUCUUCUUCCUUUGGCUUUCAUCAGGAGUUUUUGCAGUGAUGGAGAUUGUUGGAUCAUUGAAGGACAAACAGACUGUAUGGCUUAUGGCAGGGGUGGCGAACGUCGGUCCUGGAGAGCCGCAGCCCUGCAGAGUUUUGCUUCAACCCUAA